AUGAGGGACCAGAACCCCAAAGGGGGCGGGCAACAAGGGGGUGUGGUUUUCAACAUUAGUUCCAUGGGUGGUUUUAUCGGCCUCCCUGGUAGCGCGUUCUACCAUGCUAGCAAGUUUGCUAUGGAGGGAUGGACGGAAGCCAUUGCAAAGGAAUUGCCCACUGAGUGGAAUAUCCACCUAUGUAAUAUUGAACCCGGUGGCGUCAGAACAAACUACGCAACCACAUCCCUGAAAACUAUGACCAGGGGUAGACACCCGGCCUAUGCGGACCCAAAGUAUCCCACCAAUGCUUUACUGGGCUAUAUGAGCAAGGAGGAAAACCGUCGCUCAUGGGCAGAGCCAGACGCAAUUGCAACCGCUAUCUAUUUGCUUGUUAGCCGCGGGCAGCGGAUUCCUAUUCGCGUGCCCUUAGGAGCUGAUGCCUAUGGCAUGAUUACUAUGGAUCUCGAGGGAAUAAAAAGGAACUUGGAUGAGUUUAAAAAUAUCAGUCUCAGCGUGGGAGAGGCAAAGCAGCUGGAUUCCAUUAGCUUUCUACAGAAAGCCUAG